AAUAGGGCUCUAGUGUAUUCUAAUAAAAAAAAAAAAUAUUUAUAAUUCUCAGUAAUCCAUUGUCUCGGCGCUGGAACUCCGAAUAAAGGAGAUGAAAUUAUGACAAAUAUUAUUUUAGGUGAGACCACACGUGCAGUACUAUUCGUGUAAUUACUACUGUUGAGUAAUAAUUACAUAUUAGUUCACACAUUUUAGGGAAAACACGUGUAAACUAAAUAAUUAUUUCUCUAAGACGUACAAUUAUUUAACCAACAGCAGUUUGGUAUAAAUAGUGCGUGGCCUUAGUUCCAACAACUCAAUUGUGGUUUUCAAAUGUAAGAAGCAACUAAUUGAUACUCUUUGGAGAAGCAAAAAUGUCACACAAACCGCUACUGAUAGCAACUACACUGGAUACCAAGGAGGCCUUUAGCUACAUUUGGUACUGCUGGCGGUUCUUUGGAAUGUAUCCCGAUUUGUAUGAACGCCGCUUGAAUUGGAUAUAUUUAAUACUACUGAAUCUGUAUUGUGGUGUAAUAUAUCCGUUGCUUUAUAUUGGUUCAUUGCUUACACCAAUGGAUUUGAAUCAAAAACUAGCCAAUAUCAGUGUUGCCGUGCCGAUACUCUACACUUUGGGGAAACAUGUGAUCAUAGUUUAUUAUUUACGCAAAGAUCUACCGAAAGCCUUACGACAACUGAAAGCCUUAGAUAGACUCGCUGAGCGUCGGCCAAAGGAUCGUGAAUAUAUGAAACGAAUGGUGAAAAACUGUCAUUGGAUAUUUUUGGCUAGUAGUGUGAGUUUUUGGUUCGCCUUACUGUCCUAUGGUGUUCUGGAAAUGUUUCGUCAUAAAUUACCCUUCGAAGGUUGGGUACCGUUCGAUUGGCAGCGUACGGAGUUCGCUUAUGUGUGCGCUUGUGCAUUACAAUUAUUCGGGCUGGGCAUCGAAACGACGAAUGCCAUCUGUUGUGACACCUAUGCGGUCACGUAUUUAGUUUUGUUGGUCGCACAUCUGCGUAUACUGAAUAGACGCAUUGCCCGUGCAGGUAACACUGGUGACGGCAGUGAUGCGGAGAACUAUAGGGAGCUAGUAGCUUGUGUGGAGUAUCAUAAGGAGUGCAUAAGCUACUACAACAGUAUACGUCCAACACUCUCUGGCACUUGCUUUAUACAAUUUCUCAGCACAGGAUUAGGUCUCAGCAUGCCCGCUAUUGCUUUUGUUGGUGGCAGUUUUAGCUUUUCACAUGUGAUAAAAUUUCUAAUAAUUUUUGGCGCUAUCAUUAUCGAAGUGGCGCCGUGUUGUUGGUUUAUGGAUGAGGUUAUGGCUGAAAUGCAUAAACUGACCAACUCUAUGUUCUCGUGUCGUUGGUAUGAUCAGAAUUUGAAAUAUCGCAAAGCUUUGAUUAUCUUCAUGCAACGCUCGCAAAUAGCACAUCCGGUAUUGGCUGGCAAUAUAAUACCUGUUUCUUUGGAGACAUUUACAAAUAUCAUUAAAUUUGCUUUCUCACUGUUCACUCUACUAAAUCAGCUGAGUCAUAAUUAAUGAGGAUUUUAAUAACUUUUUCGCAC